AUUAGCUACUCCUCAGCCAACACGGCUCUUGAGUACUUCGUGCCCAAUGGCGGUAAACGAUGGCCAUGUCUCGAUUCCAAGCAUUUUAUUGUUUCCUCGUCUUGUCUCCCCUCUUGACAGCCGCCCUCCAGACACAAUGCCCCUGGAAUCCCACCAUCCCGCCAUUACAACCAGCCGGGAGUUGUGUUUUGCCCAUAGACGACGGCACUCCCAUGCAGGUCCUUAACACGAGUAGAGAACUACCCUGGACCCAUCCACCGUCCUGCGUCAUUCCCAACUCCGCCGCGUCCGCCGAAAAGUUCUGCGUUUACUCUUCCUCCGCUUUCAACGACGGUAGCGGCAUUGCCAUCAUCGCAGACCCGGAAACGGCCGCCGGUGUUGCAGGCACCGUCCAGGACCCUUUGCCAGCAUGGCGUUCCCGCCAACAUCUCGCCCGCAACGGUCGUUUGGCAACUGAGACUGUUGACCUACCGUAUGCCGUAACCCCGAUCCCAGGAAAAGGGCUAGGGGUCGUUGCGACGAAACGCAUAAAGCGGUUCGAGACGAUUUUGAAGAGCUAUCCCGCUAUGAUCGCCGACAGCGAGUUUCUUUCUCUUAGGAAAAAGAAAGCUGUUGUCGACGGCCCUCGGCUAUUUCAAAAAGCGCUCGAUCAGCUGCCGGACAAGGAGCGUUUUCUCACCAUGUCCAGGAGUGAGGAGGAACAUGUCCAUGCUGUCGAGGAUGUGAUCAAAACCAACGCUUUUGCGAUUAUCGUGGAUGGUCGAAACAUGAAGGGCGUUUAUCCAGAAAUUGCGAGGCUAAACCAUGCCUGUGACGCAAAUUCUAGCGCCUACAGCAAAUUCACCAAGAAGGACCUCGCCAUGUCGGCCGUAGCAACAAGGGACAUCGAACCCGGGGAAGAAAUCACAGUCAGCUAUAUCCCCCUAGGAAUGCCAACAGCGCACCGAACUCGAGCCCUCAAAAACUGGGGUUUCAACUGCACCUGCAACCUGUGCUCAGCAUCGCCCGAGGCCCGAGCAGCGUCAGACGAACGACGGGAGCGCCUACGCGAAGUCUAUCAAACCAUACAGCACGAAUCGACCAGCUACAACACGCUAGUGAAACUGACCCAGGAACUGGUCGACUUGGCCCAGGUGGAGGGCCUGCUGGCAAAGGUCGGGGAGUACUAUCAGGCUUUUAUGCGGAUUUACUACCGGGCCGGUGAUGCCCAGACGGCGAGGAAGUACGGCCGGACAUCGCUCAAAUUGGCCGAGAUCUUUGCGGACCCGGAGGGCGUGCUUUGUACUGGGUUGAAGGGGGAUUUGGAGCAGCUGGAUAGGUUGAUACAGGGGGGGGGGGGGGGGGGUUAG